AUGGGUCCCUUUCCGCCUUCUAAUGGGAAAUUAUACAUUCUGGUGGCAGUGGAUUACGUGAGCAAGUGGGUUGAAGCGCAAGCGCUCGCCACUAAUGAUGCUCGAUCUCAUCUGACUACCCCCUAUCAUCCGCAAGCGAGCGGUCAGGUGGAAGUUUCAAAUAGAGAGAUUAAACACAUCCUCCAGACCACAGUAAAUAAAAGUCGCAAGAAUUGGGCAGAGAAAUUGAAUGAUGCAUUGUGGGCAUAUAGAACAGCCUUCAAAACUCCAAUUGGAAUGUCCCCUUAUCGGCUUGUAUAUGGAAAAGCCUGCCACCUACCUCUGGAACUUGAGCAUCGCGCGUAUUGGGCCAUCAAGUAUCUCAACUUUGAUCUUCUCCCAGCACAGGAGAAGCACGCCAAAAGAUUGCUCGAUCUGACUGAGUUCCGUUACCUUGCAUAUGAAAGCGCUAAACUCUACAAGGAAAGGAUGAAAUUCUAUCAUGACAGGAAGUUGAAGAAGAAGGAAUUCACUGUGGAAUCCAAUGUUCUUUUAUACGACACUAGGCUUCCUGGUCAGACAAGUGCUGCCAAGUGA